AUGGAUGGUCCCCAGCGCAAUGGCCGGUCCCCACCCAGCAGGGGUAAGAGGGAUCGAACCGAAACGAUUCCCGCUCAAGCUUCAGAAUCUCAACCUAUACCGGUUGAGCCCAAGCCCUUGCGAGGUAAACCGUACGAAAAGGUCGUCCAAGUCGGAGAGGGCACAUACGGCAAGGUGUACAAGGCGAGGAACAGGGAAGGCCUCGGUCUCGUUGCCCUUAAGCGAAUCAGGAUGGAAGGGGAAAAGGAUGGCUUCCCCGUAACGGCGAUGCGUGAGAUCAAGCUGUUACAAGGCCUAGAACACGAGAAUGUGAUCAGGUUGCAUGAGAUGAUGGUCUCGCACGGCUCGGUAUACAUGGUCUUUGACUAUAUGGAGCAUGAUUUGACUGGAGUUCUUAACCAGGCGCAGUUUCACUUCUCGGAAGCUCAUCUAAAGAGCUUGUCUCAGCAGAUGCUUUCCGGCCUGUCAUACCUCCAUCGAAAGUCGAUUCUGCAUCGUGAUCUCAAGGGCUCCAAUAUCCUGUUAAACAGCCAGGGGAUACUCAAGCUAGCAGACUUUGGUUUGGCUCGGUUUUAUAACAAGAAGAAGAGGAACGACCAUACCAACAGGGUCAUUACCUUGUGGUACAGGAGUCCCGAACUGUUGAUGGGGGAAACUGUCUAUGGAGCCUCGGUCGACAUGUGGAGUGCAGGAUGCAUCAUGCUCGAAUUGUUCAUACGCAAACCCGUCUUCCAGGGCAGCGACGAGAUUCAUCAGCUCGAGGUCAUCUUUAGUAUGAUGGGCACGCCGCAUGUUCGAGAUUGGCCAGGACUCGGAGGCUUGCCUUGGUAUGAGUUGGUCAAGCCCAAGGUGGAGUAUGCGAGUCGCCUGGUGGACAUGUUCGGGUCAACGAUCAGUGGGCCAGGUCUGACAGUAAUUCAAGGGCUGCUAGAGUACGAUCCGGCUCGACGCUUAACGGCAGACGAAGCCCUGUCGGAUCCAUAUUUUGUGAGCGAGUUGCCACGACCGGAAACGCCCAGCCACAUCGCGGAGGUCAAGGGAGAAUGGCACGAGAUGGAGGCGAAACAAGAUCGAGCGAGGAAACGACACCAAGAGGGACAGGCCUUAGCAGCCGAGGCCGCUUCCCAGACGAAACAGGCAUGA